CAUAGUUUCAUCACAAGAAAGCUCUCAUUUUUCAUUUGUUUGAUAGAUGUUUGGUCACAAAAGAAUUGCAGCCGCCAUUGCCAUAAUAGCAGUGUUGUGCGGUUUUGCUUAUGCAGAUACUAUCAUCGUUGCAGGCGGCGAAUGGGGCCUUAACAUGGAUGGCUGGCCAAAUGGCGAAGAGUUUACAGCUGGUGAUGUUCUAGAGUUUGACUAUGAUACGAAUUAUCAGGAUGUGUGGAUUGUGAAUAAGCACAACUAUGAUUCUUGCACUCCAUCCGGGGCGAGGUUGCACUCAGGGCACGACUAUGUUAUACUGUCAACAGGAACCCAUUACUUUAUUUCUGGUUUUCCUGACAUGUGUAAAAUAUAUGAUGUUAAAGCUGAAGUUAUCGCUCAUUGAUAAAUAUGUCUUUGGUUAGAGUCAUAAAUGUUUUAAAUCAGUCAGCUUAUAUGAUGUGUAGCAAAGCAAUAGAU